AUGCCUGACGCAAAAGCAUCCGGCGCCGACACAGGCGGCGGUGCUGCUCGCAACCGCGACCACAACCAAGGCAACCAGGGCCGAACCUACACAGUGGAACAAAAGGCCGCCGUAUUGCGAAUUCGGCGAUGCAGCCCUACCGCAUUCUACGAAAUUCUAGACAUCGAAAGCAUAAAGACGACAUGUACCGAGUCCGAUAUCAAAAAGGCAUACCGCAAACAGUCACUACUUACCCAUCCCGAUAAGAACAGCCAUGAGUCUGCUGAUGAGGCCUUCAAGAUGGUGAGCAGGGCAUUUGGUGUCUUGGGCGAUAAGGAUAAGAGGCAAAAGUACGAUCGCUAUGGCACAGAUCCGGAAAGCAGAUUCCAAAGCAAUGCGCAGCCAUCUGGAGGAAGAGCUGGCCCCGACCCGUCAUUCCCAUUUCCCGGUGGCAAUCCAUUUGCUUCUUUCACUGGCCAGCCGCCUCCUGGUUUCAUGCCUCGCCGACACCAGAGAGGCCCGAAUGCCGAAGUGACUCCCGAGGAAAUGUUUGCGCGCUUCUUUGGCGGUGGUGGUGGAUUUGGAGGUGGUCCCUUUGGAGCAGCAUUUGACAGCGGUCCCGGAUUCUUCUUUGACUUUGGCGGCGGCCCAGGAAUUCGUGUUCACCAGUUUGGCGGCGCGCGACCUCGAACGAGACCCCGCGAUGGAGCCGAGGGCGAAGGUGCUCAAGAACAAACGAGCCCAAUGUCGACAUUACUUGGCCUGCUACCGAUUCUCCUCUUCUUCAUUUUCCCCAUUCUCAGCUCUCUCUUUAGCGGCGAAGCGGAUGUUUCGAGAUCUCCCCAUGUUGUGUUUGAUCAACCGGCAGGUAUUUACACAGCUGAGCGAACGAUGCCCGAAUUCAAGCAAAAGUACUUUGUGAACCCCGCCGACAUCACCAAUUACUCACCGGCCAAGCUGAAGAAGAUGGAUGAGCGAGUCGAAGUACAUUUUAUCAACAAGCUAUCGGACACAUGUCGAGUCGAGAUCCACGAACAAAAUCGCAUUAUCGACGAGGCAACCGGCUGGUUUUCGCGGGAUGAAGCCAAGGUCAAGAUGGCCAAGGGCAUGGACUUGAAGGCAUGCAACAGAAUGACCAAGCUGGGACUGCGUCGGCCGCAGAUGUAG